GAGAUAUCAGAUACUUAGAAGCAGUCACCAUGAGCAGAACGCAGCACAACAUCAACCCGAUUGUCGUUUUUUAUGGUUUGUUGGCAAUCUUUUUGUGGAACGGGAUCGACUUCCGUGUGGCUGCCGUUGAGUAUUAUACAGAAAAGCCAUCGUUUUUGCCCUCAUGUCGCAUCUAUGAACCCGGUUUCACGAAAUGCAUGACAAGCAGUACCCAAAAAUUAAUGGAUCAGCUGAACAUCGGAAUACCAGAGAUUCUGGAGAAAUUUGGAACUUUUGAUCCGGGUCACGUAAGAGACAUUAUAUUCAAGCAAGAUAACAGCGAAGUGGCCACCAUAAGAGCCAAUCUGUCCCAAGUUGUACUUAAGGGAUUUUCCAACACCAAGAUUAGGGAUAGCCGAGUCAGCAAAAAAGACUUUAGCUGGCAAACCAAGAUCCAUUUAUCCAAGUUGCGAAUGGAUGCCAAAUAUAAAAUGAUGGGUCGAAUUCUAUUAAUACCGCUGAAUGGAUCAGGCAACAUCUUUAUAGAGAUCGAGGAUCUUAAUAUGCUGGUGCUGACCAAGACGGAGCUCUACGAGAAGGGAGGCUUAACUUUUUAUAAGAUCAAAGCGGUGGAGGCAAAACUGAAUAUGUCGCGAGUUCGCACCCAUCUGGACAAUCUUUUCAACGGACGCAGCAAAGAGGUGGAAGAUAGCACGAAUCAGUUCUUUAAUGACAAUUGGCGUGAUUUCUAUGAAGCAUUGAAACCGCUGAUCGUCGACACAGUACAGAGCGUACUCAAGGAAGUUAUGUCACUGGUAUUCGAUUUAAUACCGGCCAACUUCUUCAUCGAGGAUAUUCCCUCACCACAACAAUUAUACAGCAAAGGGGAACAGUAAUUCAUCUAACAUUUAUAACAUGGAUCAAAGUGUCAAAGUAAAUGUUUGAUUGUUAGUUUGGUUCUGGGUUUGGUUGUGUUGCUAUUGAAUAUAAUAAAAUAUCGCUGUAGUAGUCAUAAAGAAUAC